AUAUCUCGUCUUCAGCUUGGAUCUGCGAUAGUAGAAAUAUUUCUUCGAGUGGCCAAAGUUAACGUUAACCUCAUGAAAGAAAAGGCAGAAGAGAAAUUUAUUCCUGCAUUUUAUCAUGUGUAUGUAUUUCAAAAGCAGCGUCAAGUUGGAUUUAUCAAGCCUCAUCCCAACGUUAUGAAACUAGGAAAAUUCUUAAUGGAAACUAGUAUGCUUCCUAUGCUAGUACCUAGUAGACCAUGGUUAUGUCACCAUGAUGGUGGCUAUGUAGCUACGCCAGCGCCGAUUAUGCGUUAUCGAGAAGAUUGCUUCGAUCAAGAUGUUUUACUAGCCAAAAGUUCACGAAAAUUAAGAUCUAUUUAUGAUAGCAUUAACUAUCUUGGAUCUUGCCCUUGGAAGGUUAACAAACGGGUUCUAGAUAAAUGUAUCGAAUGCUUCAAUGAAACUGGUAGUGAUAUAUUAGAUAUACCUGACCCAAGGCUAAUUCCAAUGCCGCCAUAUCCUGUUGAUCCCGACAUUGAGCCACAAGAGAAACGCAGAAUAAUUGAAUUACGACGUCAAGUUGCAAAGAAACAAAGGGAACAUCAUUCUCUUAGAAUGGAUGUUUUAUAUAAGUUAUCUGUGGCUAAGCAUUUUGAAAAUGACAUAUUUUGGUUACCUCACAACAUGGACUUUCGUGGUCGUGUCUACCCAAUUCCACCACAUUUAAGUCAUGUCGGUAAUGAUCUAUCACGCAGCCUAAUGUUAUUUGCUAUUGGGCGACCCCUGGGUACCGAAGGCUUCGAUUGGAUAAAAGUUCACUUAGCUAAUGUUCAUGGUCAAAUGAGCAAAGCAUCUUUAACCGAUCGUAUUAACUUUACCGAGUCACUGAAAAAUGAAAUUUUAGAUUCUGCCGAUAAUCCUUUCACGGGUGAUAAGUGGUGGCAAACUGGAGAACAUCCUUGGCAAACAUUGGCUACAUGUAUGGAAUUGGCAGAUGUUUGGAGAUGUGAUAACCCAGAACAGUAUAUAUCUUAUUUCCCCGUUCAUCAAGACGGUACUUGCAAUGGUCUUCAACAUUACGCUGCGUUAGGAAGAGAUACAUUAGGUGCCGAACAGGUUAACUUGGUAUCAAGAGGUAUUCCUCAAGACAUAUAUUCCGCUGUGGCAAGAUUGGUUGAAGAACACCGUGCAAAAGAUGCAAAGAAAAAUAAUUUCAACGCUCUGUGGUUAGAAGGAAAAGUUUCUAGGAAGGUUGUGAAACAAACUGUAAUGACUAUUGUUUAUGGGGUAACAAGAGUUGGCGGAAGGGAACAAAUUGCGCGACAACUUGAAAGACUACAAGAAUUAGAAAAUGAGGAAAGAAUUUUCACUGCAUCGCAAUACCUUGUACGAAUUGUUUUUGAUCAGCUUAGCAAGAUGUUUUAUUCCGCUAGACGAAUACAGGAAUGGCUAAAUGAUAGUGCGCGCCAGAUAGCGUCAGCAGGUAGCUUAGUAGAGUGGAUAACGCCACUUGGACUACCAGUACUACAACCGUAUAGAGUUCCUGUUUAUAAAGAGGUACACUUUAAUCGCGUAGAUGUUAAACCUCACGUUUCUAAGCAAAAGAUGGCAUUUCCACCCAAUUAUAUACAUUCUUUAGAUUCAACGCAUAUGAUGCUAACAAGCCUAGAGUGCCAAGCAUCUGAUACUACUUUUGUUGCCGUUCAUGAUAGCUUUUGGACUCACGCUGCAACUGUAAAUGAGCUAAAUAGGAUUUGUCGUAAGCAGUUCAUCAAACUUCACCAGGAGCCUCUGUUAGAAGACUUGGAGAAAUUUUUGUGCGCCAAGUUCGAUGGACAACUGUAA